AUGUGUAUAUCCUUGUGUAAGCUAUUCCUGAUGUUGCUGCGUUUCCCUGUCAAGUCGGAAGGUCGGCGGAAAAAGUUGAAUGGGGUUGGCUAUGUGCCCACCAUAUGCUUUGGUUGCUUCUUGAUCAGAUGCAUAAUGAUGUGCUUUAGUGCUUUUAAUAAAGAAGCUGAUCUCGAUGUUCUGAAUCAUCCAAUCCUGAACUUCUUUUACUACUUGCUUGUUGAGAUUGUGCCAUCGUCUUUGGUGCUGUUCAUCGUAAGGAAACUACCACCAAAACGUGGGAUUGCACAGUAUCAUCCAAUCCAUUAGUCAGUAGAGUGGAUGGUCCAUUUCUAACAGUUCCAUCCAAUUGCUAAAGACAGAAAGGCA